AUGGUCGCCUUAUUACCAAUUUCGUUUUUUUUGUUAUCUGCUGCUUAUCUUUUAAGUAAAAUUUCUCCCUCCUCUCAAAACGAAGUAGAGUACAUUCAACAGGAACCACUGGACAUACUAAACCUAGAAGAAGGUGAUAUAGAAAAAACCGAACAAUGGAAAGAUAAUGAAUGGCAUAACUGGAAGUUGAAAUUGGAAGAAGAUUGGGAUUCAUUUUCUGUAUCUUUGCUAAAGGAUAAGAAAGAAUUUAUGAAAAUAAAAACAAGUGAAUUAAAUGGAUGGAUUAUUCUCGAGGAAAAUAAAUGGAAUAAUUUUUCGGAAUAUUUGAGUGAAGAAUACAAAAAUUAUCUAUUAAAUAAAUCCGCAAAAUGGGAUGAUAUUGAUUGGGAAAAAUGGGCAAAUACAGAGAUGAUAGCUCAUCUUGAUAAAGAUUAUAAAACAUGGUCUGCAAAUACAGAACAAUCCAUAAAGGACUUAGUAAGAGGAGAAUGGAAUAAAUGGCAACAUGAUAAAGUUUCAUCCUGGUUAUCGAGUUCCUGGAAACAAUUUGGAGCUAUGUAUUGGGAUUUACAGGAAAGUAGAAACUGGGACUUAUAUUCACACUCAGAUGAAAUGAAAGAGCACUGGAUUAAAUGGAAUGAUAGAAAUAAUAGAGAAAAUACUGAAUGGUCAAACUGGGUGCAAAAUAAAGAAUAUUUUAUUACAUACGCAGAGCACAGUGAUAUUGAACAAUGGAAAUAUGAUAAUUAUUCCUUAUACAACACCUGGAGAAAGGACUUUAUUAAUAAAUGGGUACUUGAAAAAAGAUGGAAUUCAAUACUCUGUUAG